AUGUUCAUCAUAAUUAAAUUCGUGCUAAUUACCACGCUGAUUCAAUUCAUAUCAUGUGAAAUAAUAGAGAGUUUCGAUAACUGCGGUCAACCGUAUAAACAAGUUCCCAAAGAUGGUGUGUCCGAAUACGGUUGGUUGGCACAGGUAUGGCGGCUUAAACCUGAUGCCGACAAACUGCCCGAAAAAGAAAAAUAUAAGGACAACCAGUGUAUGGCCAGCAUUAUAUCCGACAAUUGGCUGUUGGGUGCGGCCAGUUGUCUACCUUUAAAGAAUAGUCAAUAUGCUAUAAAAAUGGUAAACUUACCUGAGAAAUUCUAUCAAGUGGAUAAAAUAGUAAAAUCGCCUGAAUACAACCCAACCCUGGGCGCCGGGUACGACCUAGCUUUAAUCAAGCUAAAAAGCGGUCUACAGUUGCACUAUAACGAUGAAAAAGUAAGGGCCAUAUGCUUAUCCGACUUCGGGACAGGGCCGGAAGAUCGGUCCCAGGUCAAAGUGACCACUGAUUGCCUAUUACAUAACUACGGGCCGCUAGAUGAACAAGUUCCUGAUAAAGCCAGGACCUUAGUAAAAGAUUCAAUUCACAUGGCCGAAGCCACUGAUUGUGAAAAAGUUUACCAUAAGCUUUUCAAAGAGCCAGUUAUGUUUUGCUCGAAUAAGGCGAUAUAUGAGGGUAAUAACGGGGCGCCCAUAACCUGUCCCGAUGAUAACUAUGAUGGUACAACUCAUUUCUUGUCAGCCAUCGCUUCCUGGGGUAGAAAAAAGGCUGUAUAUCCUACAGUCAAGUUUGAGGUGUACACCAAGUUGAUUGAUGGCUAUUAUAUUACCUGGAUUAAUAAUACUAUUCAUGCCAAGAAUUAA